GGAGAACUCUUCACUUCCCCUCGCCUGAAACGUUUAAGUUGACUCGCUGGCUUCACGCUCGCCUCCAUGAAACCUCAUCAAGGCGACCCCGUCGUUGCGAUGGUGGUACCAGCCGUACAAGACAGCUUUCGGUAUUCAUAGAUCUAGCCAAAUAGAUCUAGCUUCAUCUUCAGGAAGUUCCACCACCCGUAUCUGGCAUAUCAUAGUACGAGCGAGCGCCUAGUAGUAGUAGAACCUCGCCAUGCCUCGACCAGUAAAAAAAGAAGAGCCAAUGACGGUUUCGUCUCCACGGCGAUCCUCACGCCGUAGAAGAACGUUGACGCAUCCUAAGCGAAAGGUAUCCUAUCGAGAACGAACUGACGAUGAAGACCGUGAAAUGAUGGCGAAAGAGCAAGCAAUUGCAACUGGGAAGGAUGAAGAUGAAGAAACAGAGGAAGAAGAUACAACUGCAGCAACAAUACGCCACUCCAUCAAAAAGGAGGAGGAACCUGCCACUACCAAACGAAACGUGGCCACGCUUAAACAAGAAGACGAUGCUCACAAUAGUGAUAGCAGUCAAGAUACAGCGCCUCCACCCAAACCAACACCAAGACGACAAAGUAGAUCGCCGGCGAAAAAGAAGACCAAGAACGAUUCACACCGUCGCAAAUCCUCUCUUGUGGAAGAUCUGCACAGCGAUCUCCUAUGCCCCCAUUGCAACAAGAAAUUCGCCGUCAUGUAUGGGCUGCAAUAUCACGUCGACAACUAUGUGUGUCGCAAAGACCAAAAGCCUGCUGAUCCAAAGAAAAAGCAACCCACUGGUAGAUCCAAUCAUAAUACAAGGAAGAAGAGGGCUAAACCAGAGUCUGACGACGACCAGGAAUCCACCGAAAGCGACAACAAUGACAGUGAAGAUGAAAAGAAACCUGCCGCCAAAGUCAAAUCGGACGAUUCAGAAGAGGGCGAGGACUUUGAUGAUGGCAAACUUACCUCCAGUGAGACGGACGACGAUGAUGACCAUGCUCUUCCCAAGAAAAGGGCCACGCGAGCUGUGAAGAAGGACACUGAGAGUGGGCCGGAUGAUUCCAAGGAAGACGCUGGUGGUGAUAAUCUCAAGUGUCGUCACUGCCAAAAGAAGUUUGCAAACCGUCGUGGAUUAUCUUAUCACCUUGACAAGAAAGUUUGCCAAACAGACUCUAGCGAAAAGAAGCCAAAAGCGAAAUCCAAGAAACGACCAUCCUCCGCCAAUACAGCAAGCGCGAAAAAAUCAAAACGCUUUCGAGGGCAAAAAGACGAUCGAACAUGUCCCAAGUGUAAGCGGGUCUUUACCAGUGUCCUCGGAAAGGAUUAUCAUUGCGCCAAUAGGGUGUGUGAGCAAAAGCAAAAGGGGGAAUCGAAGGAAAUGCCAUUUCCCACCCUCGAUCCGGGGACCGAAUUUAUCACAAGGGAAUUUGGAGUCGUCCGAGUCAUUAAAGACGAUCGGGUCACACCUACAGUUGCAUCCUCAUUGGACAAGAAAGCACAAGACAAGUACCGAUGGUGGAAAAAUCAAAAGAGCCGUCUGGAUGGCCGUCGUAGAGAACAAUACUUCUCGUCCACGGUGCACAGUCUGGCACGUCGAAAGCGCUUGGGACAGUUGUAUUUGGAAGAACUCAAACCAAAACCACCUCCACACACCGUCAAGCGGACCGUGGUGGAAGAUGACAAUCGACUGCAACGAGAGAUUUGGAAAAUAUAUACAGGGACUACCGAAAUUGGAAGCCAACCGCAGGAAGGGGCGAGUCGCAUCUUUCCGAGAAUUGGCCCAGAGAAUCCUCCUGGAGAACACCCAUUGGAACCGGAAGGAUCCCAUCCAGAUCGAAUAGUGGAAUGUAUUCAGAUUCCCGAUCGGAGGAAAUGCAUUGAAGUGGAAGGUUUGGAAGAGACGGAAUCGGAAGACGACGAACCCAACAAAAAGAAGACCAAACGUGGAUUCCGGCAGGUGGAGCGAGAAGUGGAGCUUGAUACAACAAUUAAACCGAUGAAGCUGUUCCUCAAGAGAAGAUUGUUAACAGAACGGUACGUCGAGGGUGGCACUCGGUAUCGCUGCGUGGAUUGCGGGAGAGUGUUUGCAUCCAUUGUCGGCUGCAAGUAUCAUGUUACGACGUACGCCUGUCAUCGCCCUUCCACACGGAGCCAGCAGAAAUCGCUAUCGCGAAAGGAGGUCGAAGAGGCAUACGAGCAAAGCGUGGAAGUUCUCAUGGAGAGGCAGGAGAACCCAGCCCUAAGCAACGAGACCGACCCAGCAAUCAGACACGAACUUGGCUUGGUGGAGGGCGCACGGUGCAUGUCACAAUCAACACUUGGCCAGGAGCUUGGUACACACGCGAGGCUAUCAUCUGAUGUCGUCGGACUGCUACCACCUCGCAACGUCAGAGGCCAAUAUUCACAGAAAAAAUCUGGCCCGAAGAGGAAGUGGCUGCCGAAGAAGAAAAGGGAAUGGGCGUUCUAUCCGCAAGUCUGGCGGUCGCUCGGGUUCAAGGUGGUGCCAAAGAAACCAAGGGCACCAGGGGUAAGCUGCUUCAAAAAGAAGAAACUACCACCUCUCACCGGAUUCCCCAAUGCGCAGCUGCAAACAAAAAUUCAGGAUGCCCACGAACUGCAGAUGAAGAUGAAAAGUCUAGCCGAAGAACUAGUCGAGCUCAACAGCGAGUCCCUUGGGGCCUAUUAUCCCGGCGUAUGGAAAGUUUUGCGCUUUAGGAAGCCAUCUUCCAAGCCGUUCUAUGUGCAACGUGCAAAGAAGGAAGUUGAUUCAGAGGAAGAGGACGAUGACGACGACGAGGAGAUGGAACUGCCGGCAUUGCGUGCGAAACGACCACAACCUCCACCAGAGUUUGUUCCUCAGCCGCCCCCCUUUGCUUACGGGCCUCCGGUGAUUAUCGACGUCAGCGUCCUGGCAAGUGAGGUGGACUCGGGGCGGUAUCCCUCCAUGAAUCGAAACAAUAUCAACUCUGAAGAACCCAGCAGGAACGAUGAGGAGGACGAGAUUCCAGGCGAAAACAAACAUGAAGACGAGUGCUACAUCUGCAGAGACUCUAGAGGCAUCCUGUACCUCUGUGAUUUUUGCAACAGAGUCAAUCAUCUGUUGUGCAUUCGGACACGUUUCUUGGUCAAGGAGCCGGAGCCACACGAUGAUUUUAUGUGCAAUAAGUGCAUUCAAUACAUUCUCCAACGACGCCGUCGCGCAGAGAAGAGAAGGCAGAGGAGAAACGGGGAAUUGCCUCCGUCUGCAAACGCCACAACAACCAGCGCGUCUGCAAACGACAACACAGAAGAGAAGGCGCCCGAGGCUUCCGAAGCGGCUUGUAGUGAAUCUCUGCCUGUCACUGAGUUUGACAUAUUGGCCAAGAAGAAUCAAAGUGUGGACCAGAUCGUCGAGCUACUGAAGGACGCCCAGGCCCGGUUGCAGCUGCUGGUGGAAACAUCCAAGAUCAACGAUUUUCGGCGAAGCCAGUUUGAUGCGUAGUCGUUUGUCAGGUGGAUUCACAGCCAAGAGAGCUGCCAAGAGGCACCUGUACAGCGUCCAGGCAAGAGGUGACAACCGAGCUAGAGGUGACAAUCAAGCUACUAGUAGCUAGCUAGAGGUGCAAGAUACUAGUACCAGCUACCGGUGGGCAGCAACUUCAGCUAUUAAUAAAAAUGAACUCGGAACCACCCGAACCAUGACCGGGCCGAUUUUCGGAUUUUGUUGUGGUUUGUUGAAAAGUGUUAAGCCUUAUGUGCUUUGUGUUGAUAAUAAGUCUUUCCUUCGCCCUGUGUGCUAUGAUAUAUCGGAUGCUUGGAUGCAUUCGUGCAAAGGUUUCAUGUGGAAGCUGUCCUACACAGCUCCUCCACCCCAAAAGAAGUUAGCGGGCUGACCAGUUGAGGAAAAUAGUCGAGGACCGCCUUCCAAUGGCGCUCGCUUCAAAAGGUGAACCACGUCGGACGCCCGCUGCAGAUACAGGAAACUUAGAAUGUGGAAAGUGAAGCCAACAAGUUUCUUGCCACACUUCGAGGCGACAACGUUUUAGUUUUCGUCAAAGAGAACAAUGACCAAACUAGCAAUGAGGAGCCUUUGCGCAGCGGUGGCUUUGCUGCAUGUUCUAUGCCAUGUCUGCGUUGCCACCGCGGCAGGGAAUCAGCUGAUAGAUGAAGCAGUGGGCAUGUACACGUAUGAGGCGGCAUCGGAUCACAGGGGGUUCAAAUGGUUCAAAAGAUUCCCACGUACAACGAAGACCCAGCAUCGUCGUCACCUAAAAAUGUCGAGCUCGAGCAGAUCCAACAGUGGCUCAAGAAGAUCCGAUCGGAGCUGCAGGAGUGUUGGAAGCAGAUCAAGCAGAAGCUCCAGUAGUUCCAGCAGCUCGAGCCGUUCUAGCAAAAGCAGACGUCGACGCAUGCUAGGAAAAAGCAAGAGCCGAAGCCGCAGUGAAUUGCCGAUUUGCACUCCCUCCCCGACGAAGCAGCCCACAAAGAGUCCCACGCUCAGUCCAACUACUUUGUCACCCACCACCGCUAGACCUAGCACUUCAGGUCCGACCACUUUGGGCCCCAGUACCUCAACACCAACCACCGCUGGCCCUAGUACCGCCGGCCCAACAACAUCCAGCCCAACCACUGGCACUCCAACUACUGCUGGUCCCACAACGGCAAACCCAACAGCAGCAAGCCCCAGCACUGGCAGCCCGACUACCGGGGGUCCUACAACAGUGAGUCCAACAGCAGCCAGUCCAACUACUGGCAGCCCAACUACUGCUGUUCCCACAGUUGCCACUCCAACGACAGCCAUCCCCACUGCUGGCAGCCCAACUACUGCAAUUCCAACAGUUGCCACUCCAACGACGGCUGUCCCCACAAUUGCUACUCCAACCACAGCCACCCCCACUGCUGGCAGCCCAACUACUGCAAUUCCAACAGAGCCACUCCAACGACGGCUG